GAAACGCGUCACUCGAUACCUUUCGUUGUACGUUUUGAUUCAACAACAAACGGGUUUCUUUAUUAAGAACACAGUUGAGAAUAAAAUUGUAGCGGCUCAGAAAAUGAAAAGCACAUUAUACUGUUAAAUAGCUAUAGGUGACCGUCUUCCAAGCGCUGAUUGUUGUGUGUGUGCGCGUUGGCAUAGCUCGACUUAUUUUGUGCCUGUCAAGUCCUGGUACGGUUUUAUUUUCACACUGUUGAGUAGAGCACAGCUGUAUUUUGGCAGGAUGACUACCACAAUAGUUCACGAUACUACUGAAGCUGUUAAACUGUGUCCAUCUCAAGGUUUGUACCUGAAACCCAUUGCGAAGAUGACAGUGAGUGUAGCCCUCCCCCAGCUGAAACAGCCAGGGAAGUCCAUUUCCAACUGGGAAGUGAUGGAAAGACUUAAAGCAAUGGUGCAUCCUGACCAGUUCUCUGUCCUUCGCAUCUCAAAGAGCACCAUGGAGUUCAUUAGGUUUGACGGUGAAGUUGAAAACAAGGGCAUAGUAAAAAAGUUUUUAUCAAAGCUAGAUGGAAAGACGAUAAAGCUCAGUGGUUUCAGUGACAUACUAAAAGUCAGAGCAGCUGAGUAUAAAAUGGAGUUCCCUACCCGACAUGACUGGGAUGCUUUCUUUCGUGAUGCCAAAGACAUGAAUGAGACUCUCCCUGGCGAGAGGCCAGACACCAUUCAUUUGGAAGGACUGCCUUGUAAGUGGUUUGCCUCGAAAGACUCUAACUCUGAAAAACCCUGCGAGUCCGUCCUGAAAACGGUGUUUGAAACAUUUGGAAAGAUCCGCAAUGUGGACAUACCAAUGCUCGACCCAUACAGAGAGGAUAUGAUGGACAAGAAUUUCCACACCUUUAGCUUUGGGGGUCACUUGAACUUUGAAGGUUAUGUGCAAUACCAAGAGUACAUAGGGUUUGUUAAGGCGAUGGAUGCGUUGAGGGGAAUGAAGCUGAUGUUCAGCGGAGAAGAUGGAAAGGCAGUAGCAUGUAACAUUAAGGUCUUGUUUGAUACCACCAAGCAUCUGAGUGAAGCUGCAAUCAGAAAACGGCAGCUUGAGAGACAGAAGCUUCAAGAACUUGAACGCCAGCGAGAAGAACACAAACGCAAGGAGAAAGAGGAAGAGGAGAGACUGAAGGAAGAAGAAAGGAAGCAGAAGGAGCAGGAAGAGGAGGAAAAGGAGAGAAAGCGGGAGGAGAAGCUGCGCAAGAGGGAGCAGAAACAGAGAGAGCGAGAGGAGAAGAAGAACAUGAAGAAGUUUAAAAAGAUGCAAGCAGCGGAGCAGAAAAAACUGCACCAAAAGAUUGUUUUCGAAGAAAGGAAACUUCUGCUGGCCAAGAGAAACCUGGAGUCUAUCCGGCUGAUCGCAGAGUUACUUAGCAGAGCAAAGGCUAUGAAACAGCAGGAGGUGGAGAAGCAGAAAGCGGAAAAGGCAAGGCUCCAGCUACUGGAGGAGAAGCGGCGGCAGCAGGAGGCCGAGCUGCGGCGUGUUGAGGAGGAGAAAUCUCGAGCUCUGGAGCUUCAGAGGAAAGAGAAAGAGCUCCGGGAGAAACUGCUAGGCAACCUUCUGAAGAAGAACACUGGGGGAAGACCUGAGGACAAGGAGGAGCGCAGAGCAGCCCAAUGUGUGCAGGUCAGAUCAAUAGUAAACGUCAGCGGGAUUCACUCAGGUUCAGAACAGUCUACACCAGGUCAACACAACAGUCCAGCUCUUCAUGACACUGAAGCAAAUGGAACAUCAGAUAGGAGUGCAGUAAAUGGGAGCACAGUAAACUUCAGGAACACUGUCGGAGGGGAUAUUUUGAAGUCAAACUCUGCCACCAGGUCACACUCCCAUGGUUCUGAUGACGGACGCUGGCGUAAGAGCAGCUCCAGGAAACAUUCCAGCCGGGAGCGGAAUAGACAGCAGCACUCUAGUAGUGACCGGAGUUGGAGGCCCAGAAAAUCCAGCGAUGAGAACCGGCAGAAUCGUAGGGACAGGAGAGACUCGGGCCAUGAUGGCAGCCGUCACCAGAGUGGCAGGAGCCGACAUUACAAAGAUUCAAGCCGGGAGCGUAGCCAGCAUCGCAGACACAGCAGACACAGCUUAAGCAGUGAGAGAAAUCGGCAACGUAAAGAAAGGCCCAGCCGCCACAGAGGUGGAAGCUGGGAUUAAUGAGCAAGAUAAAUGAAGAGCAUAGCUUUUACUGGAGGGUAGAGGAAUGGCAUAAGAGACAUUAAAAGGUUAGAUUGUUAGAACUAUGACUUUUAAGUGAAAUAAUGAGUCUGUUUAAUUUUUGGAAGGACAGUUUACCCUGCAGUUGAACUAAAUUGGGUAUUGAGGUAUUAUAAGAAAGAAAUUAUAAGUAAGAAAAUAUAUACAAAAGAAAAUAUAUACAAGCAAUGGAAAUACAUGGAUGUUUAUGUGUGUUUUUUUUAUAUAUAUCUGGCUAAAUUGACUAUAGCAGUACAAAGGCUAAUUGUAUUGCAGGUAAUAUGGAUUCUGUGACCCUUUCCAGCACUGCAGUUUUUUGAUAAACUAGACCAGUAAUCUUUGGGAAAGAUACAUUUAUAAAUGCAGUGCAAGCACAGAAUUGACUCCCAUUUGCUACUGUAUUGGCAGUCAUUGGCAUGUAGGCACACAUUGUUCUGGCAAACCUUUCUGCUUGAAGCACAAAUAUUGUAUUGCAUUAUGAUUCAUCCUUAAAUAGAAAUAAAUCCCUAAUGCAGCCAGUGGGUACACAUAGAAGUAUCAGAAAGCUAGAAAUUAUGAAGCUGUUGGUGGAGGAAAAAAAAAAAAAAACCUUUACUGUUGUAAUGUAUACUUGCUGUUUCAUCGAUCUGAGACUUGUAAUCUCAUAGCGGAUCUUCAGGAGGAUGCUGCUAAAGUAGAUUUACUCUUGGACCAUGACUGUAGUUAUUAUUUCAGUAGUAUAAAGACCAUUUGUUCUGAAACUUUUAAAACAUUUUUAACACACCUCUGCUUUGAAUUUGCAGUACAGUGAUCUUUAUAAUGAAAGUACACUUCUGCUUGCUAGAACCUAACUAACCCAUAAUCUCUUUUAUAUCUGAGUUCAACCAGAAUGUGCUCCCUAAUCUAACAACUAUUGAAAAAGCUCUUGGGGGAAAAAAAUGUAAAAGAGUUCUGAAGUGUUUUAUUUUGUCUGUUGCAUAUAAUACAGUACAUGUUGCAUCAGUCUACUAGAAAUGUGCAAUGUAAGAAGAACUU